AUGGGUAACUUAUUAUCUACAGAAACCCCUGUAGGUGACUCUGUGGCCAUGCAAAAAAAACCAAGUAAUGAAUUUGCUACUACACCACAGGGUUAUCAAGAAACCUCUCGUUCUCGUAAAAAACCUUACUUUAACCUUGAAAAUCAAGAAUUACAUGAACCAUUAUCAGGUGAUGAACAAGAUAUACUAGAACCAAUGCAAAUUGAAGAGGAUCAUAAUGAUUUUGUUGAAUCGAGUCAUAAUGAUGAAUCAAGCAAUGAAAAUUUUAAUGAUUUUAAUAAUCAUCAAGAUGUACAGAUGCAUGAUGGUUCUAUAGAACGCGGAAUAAAAUUUGCUGCUAGUCAGAUAUCUACCGUUGAACGUGAAAGAUAUGUACGCGCAAAACAGAAACGUGUGAAAGAAAAGUUUGAAAAUAAUAGUUACAGUAACAUGAAUAUUUUGAAAUCUGGGUGA